AAGUUUGUUGGCUCCUCCUCCAGCCAAAUCCAUCAAUUUCAAUCUCAUCAAUUGCCCGUGGCAAGCACGACAUGCUCAUGGCGGUCGGCUCAUCGAGAUCAGCGGAUGGCACGCCCUGGCUGCCCGAGCUGCUGGCAGAGGAGGAUCUCCCCACUGAGCCUUACACCACAGAACCCAAGCCACAGGUGGAGGUGGUGGCUUCUACACGAAGCUUUCGACAACUGGCCAAGUGUCGACCUCAUGCAGGAGAUCGAAUCCUGGAGAUCGGCUGCUGCUUCGGCCAAUGCACCGAGCUCCUGGCCGCGGGCGCCGCGGAGGUCUUGGCACUGGACACCUCCAAGGAGUGCGUGGCCCUGACGGCGCAGCGCUUGAGCGAGGCGGAGGUCGCCGUGGCACGGAGCUUGCGUUUGGAUAUUUUGGCACACCCGGAGUACUUGAGGACGAUCGCCUCCUGCCAACCUCCUUUUACGGUGGUUUUUGCUGAUAUCGGUGGCAACCGUGAGCUGGCCCAUGUGUUGCAGCUCUUUCGGUUGCUCUUUGCACACAUGGCCGAGUUGCGAUACCUUGCUGUGAAAAGUGAAGCCUUGGCCAUGGAGCUUAGUAAGGCUCCCCUUGAUCCACAGAAGCGGUUGGCUUGGUGGCAGCAGUUGUGCUGCCCACCGGCACGUUUGGCGAAAGCGCCCCGGCGCAUGCAACAGAUCUUACAGCGGCCUAUCCAGAAGACGCCUCAUGGGCUGGAGAUUUGCCGCUUUGCAAACUAUGGGGUGUGCUCGAAGGGCAAUGACUGCCGGUAUGACCAUCAGCAUUGCCACCGCUGCUUAAGACCUGGACAUUGGGCCACUAGUUGUGAUCAGCCAGAAGUUGAGGUCUCCAGCGAGGAGACCUACAGCCAGUGCUCCGAGGUGGCCGAGCGCCUCCACGCCGCGUUGCGUGCGGGGCGGAAAGAGCUGCGGGCGGAAAAGAGCUGUGAAGAAACACCGGGAAGCGCCUGGUGGGUUGCGGAGGUCAGGGUCAGCAUUUUGGAGGAGCGGAUGGGUUGGAGGAGGUUAUCAGAAAGGCAAGAGGAAGCUGUUGUUAUGUUUGGGAGGUGAAGGUGAUUUGCAAGCUCGGCAGCUUUGAGCGGGGUUGGAGCUUGAGAGUGGAAAAGUGGUUAGAU